AUGGCACAUGCUUUACAACUGAACAAUGAAGUAGCACCAGACAUACUUUGCAAGGAAGUAGGGGGAAGUCCGAACGAGGUAUCUAUACCCUGCGUUACCGAGCGGCUGCAAAAAGGCACGCUCCUGGAGUUUCUGCCAGCUGAGGAUAUACCGGAGAAGCCAGCAGAUAAUCUGGGCAUGACAGCAUACUACGUGCGUAUAGUUAGUAUAUGGCGCCGUGUUUUACGUUUUGUCAAGCAUAUGGACGAAGAGCAACCGCCUUGGUUACCAGGCUCGGGGUUUGCGAUUCUUAUUGAGGAUAUACAAGCAUGGAAGCAAAGUCUACCGUCUUGGCUAGACUUUUCAGCGGAUAACAUCUACAUCCGACGGGAAACCCAUCAGCUAGGUGCCCUCCUUCUUAUCCAUUGCAUGUACCAUCAUGUAAUGUGCGAUGUCCAUAGGAUCGCUCUCCCUGACCUCUUCAAGAAUCAGGAACCCUUCGCCUUCCCACCGGAUCGCCAGGCGUUCGUGGGCCACUUGCAAGACGUCUGCUUCGAGCACGCGCAACGCAUGUCAGUGCUAGUCUCACAUAUCCUCCAGCACGGCGUCAAGCACUUUGCAGACUCCAUCCUCCCAUCUUUUGUCUACAACAGCAGCCGCAUCAUGCUCUAUUACAUCGCCAGGAUCCUCGACGUAACCAAAGCAGACGCCGGAACCGUAAUCGGCCGCACAGUCGAGCUAGUUCAGUACAACAACCAAGCUCUCCGCGAUAUGGCGCUCAUGUACCCCCUCGCUGAAUCGCUCUGCAUCACCUCCGAGCGCUGGCUAGAAACCAAUUUCUUUGGUUGGGAGGCUAGUGAUGAUGAGAAUGCGCAGUCGACCGGGUUUGAGGGGUUUGGGCCGUUGGGGUGGGCGAAUAACUUUUCCAUCAUGUGA